GGUAAAUGACUCUCAACUGUCUUCUCUACUCUUUAUCCACAGAGCCAGUGACUACACCCUCCAUUCACGUUGGCAACACCACAAUCAAAGAACUGGACUCUGUGUCCCUGAACUGCUCCUCAAACGACACUGGGAUCUCCAUCCAUUGGCUCUUCAAUGGCCAGAGUCUGGAGCUCACAGAUAGAAUGAAGCUGUCCCUGGACAACAGCACCCUCAGCAUAGACCCUGUCAGGAGGGAGGAUUCCGGGAAGUAUCAGUGUGAGGUCUCCAAUCCAGUCAGUUCUGAGAGGAGUGACCCCAUCCAGCUGGACAUAAUAGAGCCAGUGACUAAACCCUCCAUCCAGAUCAGCAACACCACAGUCAAAGAACUGGACUCUGUGUCCCUGAACUGCUCCUCAAAUGACAGCGGGAUCUCCAUCCAUUGGCUCUUCAAUGGACAGAGUCUGGAGUUCACAGAUAGGAUGAAGCUGUCUCUGAACAACAGCAACCUCAGCAUAGACCCUGUCAAGAGGAAGGAUUCCGGGAAGUAUCAGUGUGAGGUCUCCAAUCCAGUCAGUUCCAAGAGGAGUGACCCCAUCCAGCUGAAUAUAAUAGUGGACCCUCAGAAAAGUGGCCUUCCGGGGGGUGCAAUUGCCGGCAUCAUCGUUGGAGCUAUGGCUGGGGUGACUCUGAUAGCAGCCCUGGUAUAUUUCCUUUAUCCCCUGUGUGGGAAGAGUGGUCACAGUGUCUGAUAUUUACUUGGGGGAACUGACCAGCGUGAUCUCACAGAGCACAAACCCUCAGCCUCCAGCCACAAUCUGGGCCCCUCUGACAACUCUCCUAACGAGGUGGAUGACGUGGCAUACACCGUCCUGAACAUCAACGGCCAGACACCCAAACCACCAACUUCAGCCUCCCCAUCUCCAAGAGCCACAGAAAGUUUAUUCAGAAGUAAAAGAGAAAUGAUCAUGCUGGCUACACUAAUGAUGCAUUUCCAGAAUCUCAUCCUCACUAGGAGAUCUCUGUACCAUGAGAUGAGGAAACACAUGUGUGUAUGCACGCACACACACAGCUCCAGGCGGCAGCAUCUUCAGUAUCAAUAGAAGGAACAAUGUAUUCUGGAGCCUACAGGAAACCCAACCUUUCUUGGAAUUGAAACUUGGCUGAGAAAAGGGCACCAAAGCUGCCCACCCUUCACUCCCCUUCAUGGCUUGUUUUAAAUUGACCUAUUCAGAGCACAGUCAUUCUCCCCAGCUCCAGUCCUGUCCUAGCACAGUCUGACUUGAAUUCCCAUAACCCUGGACGUCACCUAAGUGCUAAUGCCAAAAAACAAAGGACAAGCAGGAAACGGGCAUUCCUGCGUCUUUAAAGCCCGAUGUGAAGCCAUCAUACACGGGAAGAUAAAGUCUCAGCCAGAGGUCUCAGGAAAUCUCCACGCCGACAACCGUCAUGCUUGCCCGGCUGUGGCAUCAGGGUCUCUGUAUGUUGUGCAUUUACACCUGAGCCCACCUCUGAGCCUUUCUCCAGAAAACCCACUCAAAGCAGCUAGCAAAGCUCUUUGGCAGCAUCCACUGCCAUUGCUAACGCAGAGGGCAGGUGCAAAGACAGCAUCUCUAGCCUCUACGAGGAAGGAGUCCAGAAAAGCAGGGCUGGUGAACUGACAGUCUCCUGGAAUCUGAAAACAGAACAGAGAGAUACCCUACGUGGAGCAUUGAGACUGUUUCUAAAGAAGCCACGUUUGAAGGUACUGGAGUUUGCUUCUCUGCAAGACAACCCACUACUUGAAUUUUUGUUAACUGCUGACUUGGCUCAGUGUGUGAGCUGAUAGGUCUGCCUUAGGGGCAAGAAGCCAUUGCACCUCCAGCUCCCUUGGCCUCUCAAGCCCGUUUGAUCAAGAGUUCCAAACAAAAAAUAAAUAAAUGAAUAACAAGACAAAUCACUUGUACAACCACAGCCUAGUGUCAAUCUAAGUCUCCUACUUCCCUGAAUUCCUCAGAAAAGCCUGACAUUUCCUUUCUCCAUGUCUUCACCUUGAUUGUUGGACACUGGCCAGAGCCUACACAAUAUUUCUCUGACACUUUUGGCUUCCUUGCUCUCUCCCUGGAGCUCUCCUGCCCCCACCCUCUGCAGGCCACCAGCAGAACUCUUGCCUGACUCACAAGCCAGCCAUUCCUCCUCCACUCCAACACCUAUCCAGGCCGAUGCUGAGAUUUCCAGCUUGUCUAACUUGCUGUUUUGCUUUUAAACUCUAACAAAAACUGUCCUCGGCUUCAACAACUAACAACAGGCUUUCCUCAUUCCCACCCCGCUCCUGGAGAUCCAGGACCAGCCUCCAAGUACCCUUCUGCAGUGUUUCUGCCUGUGCAUAGUAUGCCCUUUCUUUGGCUUCUCUUUUUGACUUUUAUUUUUUGAGACAGAGUUUUAGCAUGUAGCCUGAACAGGCUUCAAUAUCACAAUAACAGUUUCUACAAUCUCCCUCCUGCUGAGAUUACAGCUCAGGCCACCAGGCCCAGCGGCUUGUGCAUUCCCUGACUGCCCUACACUCUCAGGAAUCCUUGGCCUCUGCUACUGUGUGUUUGGUCCACAUGAAUUGUGCCCUUAAAGGAACACAGUCACUCAAGCCGAAGACAUUGUUUACAUCCUAGAGAGCUGUGCACUGGUGCUCCCCUGGGAAUGUGGGACACUUGCAGGGGGUUCUUUCCCAGCCCUGGGCUUUCAACAGCCUCAGAAACCUACUUUUUCCCACCUGGGAUGAAUCCCAGCAACAGGAGAAGAAAAGGCCAAUGUGCUCUCAGGGAUCCUCUCUUCAAGACGUACCCCCACCCUGUGCCUGCUAAUCAAGGGUUUUAUUGGAUAUUAAGUGUUUGUUCUCAUGCCGUGCCUAACGGGUCUUCCAAGACAGUUAUUCUGGAGUUCUUGUACUUGGGGAUUUCUCUCAGGGACUUCCAGCUCAAAGAAAUUCUGUGUAUAUUUUCCUUCAUUAAUUCUAUUCUUGAUUAUUUAAAAUUGCCUGGCUAACGCCAAAUCUGAGUUAUUUGUAAAUUUCCCCUAUGUUCAUAAUAAAAUAUCACAUAUUUCUAAUGCUA